GUCAACUGAUCAGAAAUAUAGGGAAGGAAGCAGGAGCCAAGUUUAUUAAAAAAAAAAAAUAGCUGAAUUAAAUUAUAAAAAUUUUAUAAAAAAAAGAAAAUCAAUCAGCAUCUCAAACUUCAAUGGGGUUUCUUCGACUUGUUCUCGAGUAAAACUACUAUUCUCUCUCUCUCUCUCCUUCUCCCCCUUCUCCUUAUUCAUUUGUAUUGAUUUGGUGGUUGGUAUUCAGGGCGGUUUUCGGUAGAAAGAGACGGAAGAAGAUGGUCGGAGGAGGUAGUAGCAGUGGUGGUGGUGGUGGUGCUGUCUCUCGUGUACCUCGUGGUAGCAGCAGUGUUAAGCAGAGAGGCUUCUCCAUGAAUCCAAAAGACUACAAACUUUUGGAAGAAGUGGGACAUGGAGCUAGCGCCGUUGUCUAUCGAGCGAUCUAUCUCCCGACCAAUGAAGUCGUCGCUGUCAAGUGUCUGGAUCUCGAUCGAUGCAAUAGCAAUCUGGAUGAUAUAAGGAGGGAAUCUCAGACUAUGAGUUUGAUAGACCAUCCAAAUGUUAUAAAGUCGUUUUGUUCGUUUUCUGUCGACCAUAGUCUUUGGGUGGUGAUGCCGUUUAUGGCACAGGGGUCGUGUUUGCAUCUUAUGAAGACUGCUUAUUCUGACGGGUUUGAAGAGUCUGCUAUAUGUUCUAUACUUAAAGAGACUCUUAAGGCUCUUGAUUAUCUUCAUAAACAAGGGCAUAUCCAUCGGGAUGUUAAGGCAGGGAACAUACUUCUUGAUGAUAAUGGUGAGAUUAAGCUUGGUGAUUUUGGUGUCUCUGCUUGUUUGUUUGAUAACGGUGAUAGGCAACGUGCAAGAAACACGUUUGUUGGUACUCCUUGCUGGAUGGCACCGGAAGUGCUGCAGCCGGGAAAUGGAUACAAUUCCAAGGCUGAUAUCUGGUCAUUUGGUAUAACCGCGCUUGAAUUGGCCCAUGGUCAUGCGCCCUUCUCAAAGUAUCCUCCCAUGAAGGUGCUCCUAAUGACAAUUCAAAACGCACCUCCAGGUCUUGACUACGAUCGUGAUAAGAAAUUCUCAAAGUCCUUUAAAGAAAUGGUUGCAAUGUGUUUGGUGAAAGAUCAAACAAAAAGACCAACCGCUGAGAAACUGCUGAAACACUCCUGCUUCAAAAACACUAAGCCCCCUGAGCUUGCUGUGAAAACUUUGUUUGCUGAUUUGCCUCCUCUUUGGACACGUGUAAAAUCUCUUCAGGCCAAGGAUGCUGCACAGCUUGCCUUAAAGAGAAUGGCCACUGCUGACGAGGAAGCUAUUUCAAUGAGUGAAUACCAAAGAGGAGUUAGCGCUUGGAAUUUUGACGUCAAAGACUUGAAAACACAAGCAUCUUUGCUAAGUGAUGACGAUGAUCUAGAAGAGAGCCAUGAGGAUGAAGAAAGAUUCCAUACACAGUUUCAUAACAUGAACGGAAAGGAAAAGGUUUCCACUACUGAAGUAGACGAACCAAAAUCUGAAGAGAAAUUCACUUUCAUCACUACUUCUUCUUCUGUACCAAACUCAGAGCAAGAGGUGUCUGAGGCCAAGGUUAAGCCAGUAAGACGCCAAAGUCAGAGUGGACCACUUACAAGCAGGGCCUUUAUAAGCCAAAGCCACUCAUCUUCAGAGAAAGGUCAAAUCAUUGAAAGAUCCGACAGUGAACACCAGGCAGCCCCAUCUGUUAAAAGAGCUCCUAGCUUUAGUGGUCCUUUGAAUCUUUCAACUCGUGCUUCUUCAAACAGCUUGUCAGCUCCUAUUAAAUACUCAGGAGGAUUCCGUGAUUCUCUGGACGAUAAGUCAAAGGCUAAUCUUGUUCAGAAAGGAAGGUUCUCAGUAACAUCAGGAACUCUAGACCUUGCUAAGGAUGUUCCAUUAAGUAUAGUCCCUCGUCGAUCUCCACAGUCCUCUCCUCUGAGGAAAUCUGCUAGUGUCGGUAACUGGAUACCUGAGCCUAAAAUGCCAACAGUUCAGCCUCAGACCAUUAAGGAGUUUAGUAGCCAACCUGUGUCACCCUCUCUCAUCAUGCCUCAACUUCAACAUAUUUUCCAGCAAAACUCAGUGCAGCAGGAACUUCUUAUGAACUUACUGAAUAGUGUACAAACUGCAGAGACGACGGAUGGCUCUCAAUCUGGAAAGUUACCACCUUUGCCUCGCUCAGAGAGUAAUGGAACCGUUGAGUCUGUGCCUUCUGAGAGGGAGAGGUUGCUACUUAGCGGUAUCUCUGAGCUCCGGGCUAAGCUGAACGAGUUAACUGAGGAACUCGAUUCAGAGAAAUCAAGAUACAACCAACUACAGCAGAGACUGAAAGCAUUCACUGGUCGCGAGCAAGUGUAAGCAGGCGGGAAAGCGAAGGGUGGAAACACUGAGCUGCACAGAAUCUGUAGGAGAACAAAGUGAAGUCUCUUCUGGUUUACCACUAAAGACUGUUCAACAAAACUGAAAGCAAAAGCAUAACGAGUUCUCCAGUUAGGUUCUGUGUGUGUUUCAGACAAUGAUGAUGACGACCACGACAACAAAACUAGCAGUGUCUGAUGUAAACUAACAGUUGAAGACAGCUUAAACAAAUACAGAAAUAAAAAGGAGAAAAAAGCUCUCCACAUAUUUGCUUUGAAUUUUAUUAUCACACGUUUUGAUAAACUUUUAUUCUUUUUUGGUGCUUUAUUAUUGUUAGUAAGAGAAGGCGGAAACCACUUUUUGGAUCCUUUUGUGUAUUGUGUAAUUUGUAAAUUCAAAUAUGAUUGACGUACUUGCCUGUACUUGCUUAGUUUCUCAGGUAAACCAGAAAUAAAAAGGAACAAGUUACAUUAACCAAAAUCAUGGAUUUGUUUUACAUUAUGGUUUCAUGAUCUGUACUAUUACAUUCAAAAACGUUACUGAACAUUUAAACUGAUUGAUUACAGAGAACUUUAAAAGAAACUUCUUGUUCUUCUUCUUCUUCCUCCUCCACUUCUCAAGCUUUUAGCAGAAGCUUUAGACACCAAGUAGCCCACACCUAAACACAUAACCCAAAUCCCCACAUCAACGGCCCAACCCAUCCCCUCAGCCUCAGACUCCAUCUCAGCCGUCCACUCCACACUCUCCCACUCUCCCUCCCCAUCCUCCGAUUCACCGCCCCCGCACGUGCAAAAACAAACGCUAUCCUCCCUCUCCCUCCCUUCCUCUCUCUCCUCAGGUAUCUCCUCCAAACACUCAAACAUCAUAUGCUUCCUCCUCCGCCUAUGUCUCCUCGCCAUCGUCGACGUCGCCACGUGUCCCUCCGCCGCUACAACAACCUCAGCGGCUCCUUCUUCCAUCUCACACUCGCACUCGAUCUUCCACUUGUCUCCUCCUUCCUCUUUCCUGAAGAUACCUUUCACAACUCUCUCCUCGCUCAUGUACACCUCGAACCGGAUCCCUUCCCAGACCCGGACCCGUUCUCUACACCCGUAGAUCGCCUCUCCUCCUUUGACGACUCUGUGUAGAGUCACAAACGCUGGGGAGUCGGGUCGGAUCUUGGACCCGUCGAGCUCGAAAGCAGCUUCGUUGAUCCGUGGAGGGUAGAGAAGAGUGAGAGAGUCGGGUGAGAAGUCUCGGGUGGGUAAACCGGUGAACCGGACGUAGAAAGCUUUGACCUUUAAGCUCUCUUUCUCAACGUAACGAUCGAAAUCCGUCGAUCUACACAUUUCUAUUUCUGUUGGGUUCUUCGAAAAAUCUUUCCUUUUUUGUUUCGCUGUUAACUUUGAAUUUGAGAAACAUACAUGAGAGGUUCGG